UUUGGUUGUUAUCGCGAGGAAAUGAAAUGAAGCGAGAGUGUUUUUCUUCGUCGAUGCUCCAGAGAGCCCGUUUCUGCUGCCUCAUUUUUGCUUGACGUCGUCACUCGCACAUCUGUGGCAGCUGGACUCCCGUCUUCAGCACCUGGACAGCUCCUUAUGUGAGCCUCAUUUUUUUUAAGAAGCGUCGUACACAUGGAGUCCCUGGUGUCAUCUCGGAGAGGGAGUGGAAGCCCUUGAAGAAAAGGGGGCGAAAAGCACACAAUCCGCCCUCCCACGAUGGGACCGUCUCCCCGGACUCAGUGACGGCGUCGCCCGCUGCCAAAGCAUGGUGCCCUCUUGCCGGAGGAGGUGUAUUUAUCGCACGUUGUCCCCAGAAAGGCGAUACUGGUGCUCGGCGGAUUUGUUAGCCCACUCACGCCAAGAUCCCAGUUCUCGUUGUGAUCUUCAUCCAUGUGUCCAUCGCCAAUGCCAGGGCAAAUGAGUCACGACCACACUUUCCACUAUGUAGAGCAAUCAUACACAAGAGGUGUGGAAGGAGCCAAGUCACUGCUGUGGUGAAUGUCAAUUUUGGCUGAUUUAGUGUGAACGUCCACCAUUCCAAAGCCUUUCAACAUGAGCAACCACCAGGCCCCUCAAGCUGCAUCGUCAGAGCUGGAGGUGAUCUCUCAGCAGGUGGAGGAGGAAAACCAGUGUGCGGCCCCGGUUCAACUGGUCAGCUUCUCCUACAGAGACUUACCUCUGGCCGCCCUAGAUGUGUCCCUCGCUGGAUCUCAGCUCAUCUCAAACCCAGAUGAAGAUGACAACAGAGAGGGGUCCAACUGGCUGAAGCCGUGCUGCGGGGGGCAAGCGGCACUGUGGCAAGUGUGUCUGGCGUCGGCCGGCUUCAACUGCAUCCUGGUGGCCUGCGUAGUUCUGGUGGUUGUGCUACUGACUCUGGAGCUGCUUGUCGACACCAAGCUGUUGCAGUUUAAUAACGCAUCCCAGUUUGCCGGCGUCAUCCACUGGAUCAGCCUUGCUAUCCUGUCUGUCUUCUUCACAGAGACCGUAUUCAGGAUCGUGGUCCUGGGGAUAUGGGAUUACAUUGAGAACAAAGUAGAGGUGUUCGAUGGAGCUGUCAUCGUCCUCUCGCUGGCUCCUAUGGUGGCCUCGACUGUGGCCAACGGCCCCAGCAGCCCCUGGGACGCCAUUGGCCUCAUCAUCACGUUGCGCAUCUGGAGGGUCAAAAGGGUCAUUGAUGCCUACGUGCUGCAAGUGAAGGUGGAGAUGGAACUGGAGAUCCAGCAGUAUGAGAAGGCCAAGGCGCUGAGAGAGGAGCAACUUGACCGCCUCACUCAGAUCUGCCAGGAGCAAGCGUUUGAGAUCCGGCAGCUGAGGGCCCACCUGGCCCAGCAGGACCUGGAUCUGGUGGCAGAGCGGGAAGCAGCCAUGCAGAUCCACCAUAUGUGGGGUAAACCGAGCAGCAGUUUCCAUGAGGUGGACGGACUGGCCCCGGGGGUCUCCGAACAUCACAGGCCGGCCAAAGUCAGAGUGCCCAGGGGGCCCUCAGAGCACCAUGGCCAGGAUGAUAUGAACAACUACAUCAGCCAGUAUUACAGCGAGCCAAGCAGCGACAUGGGCAUCCCAGACCCUGCCGCACGUAUCAUCACCACAGCAGCCAUUGACGUCCACCUCCCCAACAAUCCCAGCCAGCUUCCUCCUUCCCUGGUAAGCGCUGACGCCGUGUCCAGUAGCCGCUUGCAGCGCGCCAACAGCUCUGCAAGCGAGGCCUCUGCAACCACAGCAUCACGCAUCAGCAGCCACACGCUGGGAUCAGCCACGGACUGCAGUUCCACCGUGCGUGAGGCGUCCACGUCCACGGACUACAGUGACCAGCGCUGCUACCCACCACCAUACAGCAGCACUCAGCCCAGGGGAAGUCCCAGCGCUGUCGUGCAAGAACUACUCUCCUCUCUGUCUGAGGACUCGUGUCUUGCCCAGAAGGGCCUGGACCCGGUCAACCUCAAACCCCCAAGCCCAACUGGUUCCACCAAAAACAGCCCCGAGCUGGAGCACAGGGUCAACAUCUACAACAAGAGGAACCAGGAGAGCCGCGUUGGGUCGCACACCAAACCUCUCAUCCAUCUGCAGGGCAAUGAAGCUUUCCUAGAGGAGAAGUACAGGAUGAUGGAGCAAGUAGAUGCUCCUAUCCAUCAUCUGUCUGAAACAUAAGAGAGCAAGGACAGGAACCUCAACAGGCUUCACUUCCACACUUGUGCGCUCAUGAACACCAGUGGAGGACCACUUAUCAGGAAAUGACUCUCACAAAGACACUUUUACCAGCAACAGGGAACAAACCUAAUGCUACAUGGAGUUAUCUUUGCAGCUGUUUUAUUACUAAACAGCCUUAAAAAAACAAAAAACUGUUUGAUGGAACAACUGCAGGGUACAGUGGAUCAGUGUUGAGAUACUAAGUCAUUUCUAAUCUUUUGUCUAUUUUAGCAAUGUUUGUUAUCAAAAUCUACGAAUGCAGUUUUUUGAAGAGACGUUUUUGGAAUUAACCAAGUUCAGUACUGAGAUUUGAAUAUCAUUUCAUCAAUUGAAAAUGUGGCUACACAUGACAAGUGAAAAAUGUUGGCUUUUCAGGUGCUGCUGUGUAGAUAUACUGUACCUGUCGUAAAACAGGAGCUAUGAGGUGUGGCUACUACAAAUUGAUCAGCGCAUGCACCUUUCAAGAUGUUGCACACCAACUUUAUUGUACUGUCAACAGAUGUUUUUUUUAUUUCGCUCAUGGAACGCAGGUACUGCAGAGUGGAGCCAAUAAAAGGGAGAACAACACACAAGUGAGUCAUCAGUUUUAAUGCAAUAAUCUGAAAAUUAACACUUUUUACAACUUAGCAGGAAGACUUUCCAGACAUGGCGGACACCGUACCAGUAAGUAGAAUAUAGCAGUUAUUCACGACCAGAGGCACAACAAUAACCUCAAAGUACAACUUUAUUUGCUGACAUUUAAAACGUGUAUAUAAAAACUGGCAUUGAUGUGAAGACAUUCACAGCAGGACUGCAGUGGCUUGUCUUUGUCAAGGCUUCAACUGGAUGAUGAUGAUGAUCUUGGUGACGCUCACUCCCUCCUCACUUGCUCAGGGCUUCUGUCAUCUCAGGAACAGCC